AUGUACGCGAAAGAGGUUGCCACUAUCGUUCCUAACGCAUCGGAUGGUGUUGAAGAACUGGUGAACGUGGGUGAAUUGCGAGCAAGGGUCGUCAACCGCUAUCGGCAAGAGUUAAGACCAGAUGAGCCUGUAGAUAUGGAUUUUGAGUUAGAUGAGAAUGCUAUCUCCCAUGACUUCUAUCGUAGAGAGGUUAAGGUUGAUGAAAUUCUUAGAGAAAGAAAGUCUAGAAAAGGGUUGGAGUAUUUAGUGAGAUGGAAAAAUUUUGGCUCAUCAGAGGAUUCCUGGGAACCAGUGAAAAAUCUUUCUGGUGCCAAUCAGGCUAUUGCAAAUUUCUAUGCCAAAAUAACAUCACAGAAAAAGACUCCAAAAAAGAAGAGCCGAUCCAGAUCAAGGUCUAGAAGCAGUUCAAGAAGCAGGACUCGUAAAUCUGGCAGCCGUUCUCCUGCUCGUAAAUCAGCGACGAAAACUAAAACUACCAGAAAGUCCUCUCCAACCAAGGAGGAGACUAAACAGAGACGAUCACCACAUCGCCAGGCAG